UGUACGAUCGACAAGACUGAGGACAAGUGUAGACACCUAUCGCGAUCAAUUAAGACAGGUUCAAUGUACUACGGCAGUGAUAAUAUAAUAUUGACGGCUCACAACGUUUUUUCCAAAAAUAAUAGUGAAAAUAUUACAAUAAAACGUAAAGCUAGCCUUAUCUAAUAACUGUACACUAGAUACAGUGAAUCUACCCUUCUAACAUUGAUGCUCGGUGCUGCGCACCUCGCUAACAACAUGGUGUCACCAGCUGUAAAGCAGACAUGGGUGGUGAUGGGGGUGCUGCUGAAUAUGGUGGGGCAGGGCAUGGUGCUGAGUUUCCCCUCCAUCCUGCUGCCGGCCAUCCAGGCUCCCGACUCCGACAUACGAGCUGAUCUGCAUGUUGGAUCUUGGGUAGCCUCAUGUGUAGGCAUAUCCGGUAUUCCCGCUUUACUAAUAUUGUCAUUCUUGAUGGAUUGGUGCGGCAGGAAGAAAGCUCAAAUCAUCAUCAUGGUACCCGGAAUCAUCGGUUGGACAUUAAUAUACUUAUCCUCGAAUAUCACCACCCUGAUAAUAGGAAGAGUCUUAUGUGGCUUCACAGGAGGCGCUUCGCUUACCAUAGGAGCAGUCAUAAUUGGCGAGUAUACCAGCCCGAAGAAUAGAGGGAUGUUUUUAAAUCUCAAAACCACAGCUGUUUGUUUUGGGAAUAUGAUUGUUCAUAUCUUCGGCAAUUUCUUAGUCUGGAAAUACGUAGCGCUUGUGGCAUUAGUACCCCAUAUUAUAGCAGUUUGUAUAAUUCUCACAUGGCCUGAAAGUCCAGCUUGGCUGGUUUCGAAAAAGAGAUUUAAAUCUAGUGAGAAGUCUUUUUACUGGCUUCGAGGUACAAGUUCUGAUUCAAGACGGGAAAUAGAAGCAUUGACCCAAGCACAAAAGGAAAAAAUAACAUUUGAAAACUCAUCGUCUAUAUCUGAAAAAAUGACAGGAUUUUGCAAAAAAGAUUUCCUAAAACCAAUGCUGGUCAUGGUCUUCAGUGGACUUUUGCUAGAAGCAUCUGGUAGACACAUUUUUCCUGCAUACGCGAUCCAAAUUAUUCGAGAAGUGACCGGGAAUACUACAGAUUCAUUUUACUAUACACUAGGUAUUGAUCUUAUAAUAACAGUGAGUGCUUUGUUUUCGUCAGCGUUAGUAAGAGUUUUGAAACGGCGUACUCUCUUGUUCAGCAGUGGUUUUGCAGCUUUAUUCAUCUUAGCAUGCGUCUGUAUUUACCUCUAUCUGACAGCUAAUGGAAUAAUGUCUAAAAACAGACCUUGGAUCCCUAUAUUGUUAUUCUGCGGAUACUUUAUUCUUUCUAAUUUGGGAUGUACACCAAUACCGCUUGCAUUUUUAGGUGAGCUCUUUCCAUUAGCAUAUAGAAGUGUAGGAUCCAACUUAUCUGGUGUUUUACUGUCCCUGUAUCUCAUGAUAGGUAUGCAAGUAACACCGUUUUUACUUGUAGGAGUUAAAGUGUAUGGAACUUUCGCCGUUUUUGGAUCCGCUACGGGUCUAGCUUUAGUUGUUUUGUGCUUCAUUCUACCAGAAACCAAAGACAGAACCCUUCAAGAGAUUGAAGACUACUUCAAUUUCGGAGAGUUCAAAAACGUUACUGACAAUGACGAGGAACUGAAAAUCAAGAUGAUAGCUCAUCAAAAAUAGUAACUUAACAAAACUUGGGCUAAAGUGCUAUUCGCGACUAUUUGGUCUAGUCAUUAACCUGUAAAAUAUUAGAAGACUAGCCGAUGCCCGCGACUUCGCCCGCGUGCAUUUAGGUUUUUUGAAAUCCCGUGGGAACUCUUUGAUUUUCCGGGAUAAAAAGUAGCCUAUGUGCUAAUGCAGGAUAUUAUCUAUCUCCA